AUGCAGCACUAUGGGGUCAAUGGUUACUCUCUUCAUGCCAUGAACUCCCUGAGUGCAAUGUAUAAUCUCCACCAGCAGGCAGCACAACAGGCCCAGCAUGCUCCUGACUACAGACCAUCUGUCCAUGCACUGACUCUGGCUGAGAGGCUGGCUGAUGUGUUUUUAUUUUCCAACGGCUGUGCAUUUCAAGAUAUUAUCCUCGAGGCAAGAUAUGGGUCCCAGCACCGUAAACAACGUCGGAGUCGGACAGCCUUCACCGCCCAACAGUUGGAGGCUCUGGAGAAGACAUUCCAGAAAACCCACUAUCCAGAUGUAGUGAUGAGGGAAAGGUUGGCUAUGUGCACCAACCUGCCUGAAGCUAGGGUGCAGGUCUGGUUUAAAAACCGGCGGGCCAAAUUUCGAAAGAAGCAGCGCAGCCUGCAGAAAGAGCAGCUCCAGAAACAGAAAGAGGCCGAAAUGAGCCAGGACGAAACGAAAACGGAGAAACCAGCCACAGAAACCCAGAGCUGUUCAGAAGUCAGCGAGCCACGCAGCGCUAGCGGCGAGCCGAUUAACAUCGAGCUAAAUGUCACCUCGGCCGAGCAGUCAGAUAGUGAAUCAUCAGCAGAGGAGCAGAUGGACAGGGAGCGAGAGUUUAAAUCACCCGCAGAGGAAUUUAAGCAAGAUAAGAGCUGCAGCCCCGAGAGCAAGCCAACGACCUGUAAACGGGGGAGCCCUAAAUCAGAUUCGCCAAUCAACACGACAGGGACGCCUGCAUCCAGUAGCGGGAGUAACCUGGUACAAACCCACUCCUACUCCUCUUCUCCUCUCAGCCUGUUCCGACUGCAAGAGCAGUUCCGUCAGCACAUGGCAGCCACCAACAACCUCGUUCACUACUCCUCCUUUGACAUGGGUAGCCCGCCGGCCAUGCCAUACCUGGGCAUGAAUAUGAAUGUGGCUCCCAUCAGCUCUCUCCACUGCCAGUCCUACUACCAGUCGCUCUCGCACGCCCAGCAAGUGUGGUCCAGCCCGAUCCUGCAGGCAUCGAGCGGCCUGCCCAACCUCAACAGCAAAACCACAAGCAUCGAAAAUCUCCGGCUCCGAGCCAAGCAGCACGCAGCCUCGCUGGGACUGGACAGUCUACCAAACUGA